AUGACAGAGGAUUUGUUAAAUUUUGAGGAGGACGAAGUACUUGAUGAUAUGUUAGAAGUUAAUGAGCGUAAAGGAGUGACAAAAUAUACUCGUAUAAUACUCACAACGACAUGUGCAAUUCAUGAUUACUAUGCAUUGUAUGUUUGCAAGAAUCCUUGCAUGACAUCAGCUCUAACGGGAGAUAAAUGGUUGUGUGAGUUGUCGCAUGGCCAUCCAAAUAGAUUUCAUAACAUGUUCAAAAUGUCACAAGUUAUUUUUAUGGACUUAGUUUCUUUGUUGGAAUCAUCAUAUGGUUUACAUGGAUCUCGCAGAACUUCUACUCGAGAGGUACUUGCAAUAACUUUGUACAUUUUGGGACAUAAUGAGAGUAUUAGAUCAACAUGUGAACAAUUUCAGCACUCUAAAGAGACGAUUAGUAGGUUUUUUUAUAAUGGUCUGCAAGCAUUAGUUCGAUUAUCAAUGGAGAUCAUUGCACCUGUAGAUAAAUUUUUCCAUCAUAUUCCUGAAAAAAUAAUUAAUGACAAAAGGUACAUGCCAUACUUUAAAGAUUGCAUUGGUGCUAUUGAUGGCACACAUGUUGAUGCACGCAUCCCUAUUAAAGAACAGGUCAUUUAUAUUGGACGUCAUCAUUCACCGACACAAAAUGUUAUGGCUGCAUGUGAUUUCAACAUGUGUUUCACAUUUGUUUCACCUGGUUGGGAGGGUUCGACACAUGAUGCACGUAUAUUUAAACAUGCAGUGAUGGAUCCGAAAUAUAAUAUUCCUGCACCACCUCCAGGAAGGUUUUACCUAGUUGAUGCAGGUUACCCUCUACAAAGGGGAUAUUUGAAGCCAUACAUUGGAACCAGAUAUCACUUACCUGAUUUUAGAAGAGGUAGUAGAACUAUUAUGGGACAUAAGGAGCUUUUUAAUAGUAGACAUUCCUCACUAAGAAGUGUAAUUGAACGUUCCUUUGGUGUAUGGAAAAAGAAAUGGGGAAUAUUAAGAGAUAUGCCUAAUUAUAGUUUUAAGAAGCAACGUCUUAUUGUUGUUGGUACCAUGGGCUUACAUAAUUAUAUUCGACGACAUAUAUCACGAAAUGAUCCAGAUUUCAUAGACUGUGACGUUGAUGAAAAUUUUAUUCAUCCAGAGGCAUAUCAAUGCAGAGUAGGAGAGCAAAUUGAAGAAAGUAAUGUGUUAUAUGCCGAUGUAGAGUUUGGUGAUGACGAGGGGGUGAAUGAAAUGAUUGAACUGAGAGAGAAAAUUGCAUUUGAACUAUGCAAUUAG